UUGAGGUGUGACGAAUAUGAAGAAAUCGAGCUAAAGAUGGGAUCCUUUGUGUCGUAUAUUGGCAAAUUAUUUGGAGGAGAGAAAAGAAAAGAGCUUGAGAGACACCUGCGAGCUAAUGACAGACAUUUCAACCUGUCCUACCGCUAUGCUAAAAAUGCCAUCAAAACCUCGAAAUACAACAUUUUGACUUUUCUGCCACUUAACCUGUUUGAGCAGUUCACCAGACUUGCAAAUGCCUACUUCCUCUUCCUUAUAAUCAUCCAGCUAUUUCCCGAAAUAUCCGCCCUCCCUUGGUACACCACGGCUGUGCCUUUGGCUUUGGUGCUGUCCGUAUCAGGGGUCAAAGAUGCAAUCGACGACAUAAACAGACACAAAUGCGACAAGCAAGUGAACAACCGCACCGUGGAUGUCCUCAUCAAUGGACAACUUAAAAAAGAAAAAUGGCUGAAUGUUCAAGUCGGGGACAUCAUCAAACUGGAGAACAAUCAGUUUGUGGCAGCGGACGUCCUGCUGCUGUCCAGCAGCGAGCCUCUUAAUCUGGUCUACGUGGAGACCACUGAGUUGGACGGUGAAACCAAUCUGAAAGUGAAACAGGCCACCACUGUGACGGGAAAGAUGGGAUUCAACAUCGAAGCGCUUGCUCGAUUCAACGCUGAGGUGCGAUGUGAGCCUCCCAACAACCGUCUGGACAAGUUCAAAGGGACUCUGAUACUGGACGGAGAGGUCCACAGCCUGGACAACGACAAGGUGCUGCUCAGAGGCUGCGCUCUGAGGAACACGGACUGGUGCUUCGGACUGGUCAUCUUUGCAGGUCCAGACACCAAACUGAUGCAGAACAGCGGAAGGUCGACAUUCAAACGGACCAGCGUUGAUCACUUCAUGAAUAUCCUGGUGUUGUGUAUCUUUGGUCUCCUGAUGGCUAUGUGUCUCAUUCUGGCCAUCGGCCAUGCGAUCUGGGAGACGAAGGCAGGCUCUGUGUUCCAGGUGUUUCUACCUCCUAUUCCAGGUGUUGGCAUUGGUCUCUCGUCCUUCCUCUCCUUCUGGUCCUACGUUAUAGUCCUCAACAUGGUGGUUCCCAUUUCUCUCUAUGUCAGUGUGGAAAUGAUCCGUUUGGGGAACAGCUUCUUUAUAGACUGGGACAGGAAGAUGUAUUACUCUAAGAAUGACACCCCUGCCCAGGCGAGGACCACCUCUCUCAACGAGGAGCUGGGCCAGAUUAAAUACAUCUUCAGUGACAAGACAGGCACCCUGACGCAGAACAUCAUGACUUUUAACAAGUGUUCCAUCAAUGGCAAAGCCUAUGGGGAGCUUUAUGACUUCACUGGACAAAGAGUGGAAAUAACAGAGACAACAGAGAGGCUGGACUUCUCCUGGAAUCAGCUGGCAGAUCCAAAGUUCAUCUUUCACGAUCACAGUCUGAUGGAGACGGUGAGAGAAGGAAACCCGGAGGCUCAGGCCUUCUUCCGCCUGCUGGCCUUGUGUCACACUGUCAUGCCUGAGGAAAAGACAGAGGGGGAGCUCAACUACCAGGCUCAGUCUCCUGAUGAGGGAGCUCUGGUGACCGCAGCCAGGAACUUUGGUUUUGUGUUCCGCUCUCGCACACCAGAGAGCAUCACGGUCAUGGAGAUGGGCAGGAAGGUUGUCUAUGACCUGGUGGCCAUUCUGGACUUCAAUAAUGUGCGGAAAAGGAUGUCAGUAAUAGUGCGCAGCCCUGAGGGAAAGUUGACUCUGUACUGCAAAGGAGCCGACACCAUCAUCUAUGAAAGACUACACCCCUCAUGUGACAAACUGAUGGAGGUCACCACCAGGCACCUCAAUGAAUAUGCAGGUGACGGCCUCCGUACGCUGGUUCUGGCCUACAAGGAGUUGGAUGAGAGCUACCUGAAGGAGUGGAGACAGCGCCACCAUGAGGCCAGCAUCGCUUUGGACGGACGAGAGGAGAGACUGGACCAGAUUUAUGAAGACAUCGAGAAAGAUCUCAUUCUGUUGGGAGCCACAGCUGUGGAGGACAAGCUGCAAGAUGGCGUGCCACAGACCAUUGAGCAACUGGCCAAAGCUGACAUGAAGAUCUGGGUGUUGACUGGAGAUAAACAAGAGACGGCAGAAAACAUCGGCUAUUCUUGCAACAUGCUGAGAGAAGAGAUGAGCGAGGUUUUCAUCGUGGCAGCCAAUACAGCCCAAGGUGUCAAAGAGGAGCUCCAGUAUGCGAGAAGAAAAAUGUCUCCAGACUCGGCGGAGGAGCCCUCUGUGGUCAGGGCUCGAGCCGGUAUGUUUUGGCUUCAGAAGACGGAGACGCUGCAGGACGAGAACGUGGACGGAGACUAUGCCCUGAUCAUAAACGGACACAGCUUGGCGUUUGCGCUGGAGAAGGAGCUGCAGCUGGAGCUGCUGAGGACGGCGUGCAUGUGUCAGACGGUGAUCUGCUGCAGGGUCACCCCUCUGCAGAAAGCCCAGGUGGUCCAGCUGGUCAAGAAAUACAAGCAGGCCAUCACUCUGGCCAUUGGGGACGGAGCCAACGACGUCAGCAUGAUCAAAGCCGCUCACAUCGGUGUAGGAAUCAGCGGUCAGGAGGGCAUGCAGGCAGUUCUGUCCAGCGACUUCUCCAUUGCACAGUUCCGGUACCUCCAGCGGCUCCUGCUGGUGCACGGCCGCUGGUCCUACCUGCGCAUGUGCAAGUUCCUCCGUUACUUCUUUUACAAGAACUUCACCUUUGCUUUUGCUCUCUUCUGGUACGCCUUCUUCUGCGGCUUCUCUGGGCAGAUUGUGUAUGAUGAUUGGUUCAUCACUCUGUUCAACCUGGUGUACACGGCUCUUCCUGUCCUUGGCUUGGGCCUUUUUGACCAGGAUGUGAGUGACCGCUGGAGCCUCCAGUAUCCUCAGCUCUUCUCCCCGGGCCAGCUGAACGCGUAUUUUGACAAGAAGGUGUUUUUGAGCUGCAUGAUGCACAGCUGGUACAGCUCGGUCAUCCUUUUCUUCGUCCCGUGGGCCGCAAUGCAGGACGCAGUCAGAGAGGACGGCCGAGACGCAGCAGACUUUCAGACCUUUGCCAUAAUGGGGCAGACUUGUCUGUUUCUGGUGGUGAGCAUACAGUUGUGUCUUGAAAGCUACUACUGGACAUUUAUUAACCAGUUUUUUAUUUGGGGAAGCAUUGCCGUCUACUUUGCCGUGUCGUUCAUAAUGAACUGCAAUGGAAUAUUCAUCAUGUUCAACUCCAUGUUCCCUUUCAUCGGCGCCGCCAGAAAUUCCUUAAGUCAGCCAUCCGCGUGGCUGACCAUGUUCCUGACUUGCCUCCUGUGCCUUCUGCCUGUGGUGGCUGUCCGCUUUUUCCUCAUGCAGAUUCGUCCCACUAUCAAUGAUAAGGUGAGACAUAAGGUGCGAAAAGAAGGGCCUCCAGCACCCGCUCCUCUCCAUCAACGGCCCAGACGCUUCAGCACCCGCCGCUCCAGCUACGCCUUCUCCCACUCCCGGGGCUACGGCGAGCUUGUGACUUCUCGAGGGUUCCUGCCGAAGCGAUCCCUGAAAAGUCGACCGGCCCUCUUCCUCAACACGGACCCCCCGCUCGCCGAGAAACAGCCGCAGCUAUACCGCACCAUCAGCGAGGAGCCGGAGGAGCCGCAGGGGCCACAGGCACGGAUGUAG